AUGCCGUCUGAUAUAUUGGAACCGAGAGGUGUACCGACACCUUCCCAUUUUCGUGAAGACAUUCGCAUUACUCCUGAGAAACAAUUUGGGUUCAUGAAAACCAAUCCGAUGCCUGAGGGUGACAGUUACCAGGCUUCGCAACAAUCAAGCUUGUCUGGGGCGCUUCCUUCCGCUACCUCUAAUGGAAGAACAACUACAAGUGAUGCUCACUGGGAGAGCAGUCUGUUUUCCAGCUCGCUGUCUGAAUUGUUUAGUAGACAAUUACGGCUACCAGGAAGUGAUAAGUUAGAUUUUAUGUCUGCGAAUCGCGAGGAAGAACCUUCUGAGUCUUUAGAAGAGAUGGAGGCACAAACUAUUGGAAAUCUUCUUCCAGAUGAGGAUGAUCUAUUUGCAGAAGUGGUUGGUGACGUUGGCCAUAAGUCUCGUGCCAAUGUUGGAGAUGAUUUGGAUGAAUGUGACAUUUUUAGCAGUGUUGGUGGCAUGGAACUAGAUGGAGAUGUUUUUUCUUCUGUGGUUCAAAGAGACGGCAAGAGAGGCAGCAAUGUUUCCGUUGUUGGUGAGCAUCCUCGAGGAAAAGUUUUAUCUAGAAUACUUUUUGUUAGGAAUAUCGAUAGCAUCAUUGACGAUUACGAGCUGAGGGUCCUUUUUGAGCAAUAUGGAGAUGUCCGGGCCCUGCAUACAGCUAGCAAGAAUCGUGGCUUGAUCAUGGUGUCAUACUAUGAUAUAAGAGCUGCUCAGAAUGCGAUGAGAGCACUUCACAGUGGGUCUUUAAGGGGAAGGAAGCUUGAUGUUCAAUUCCCAAAGGAAAAUCUGUCAAAAGAGAACACUAGCGAAGGAGCCUUGUUGGUUAAUAAUCUCGAUUCUUCUAUAUCCAAUGAAGAGCUUCACAAAAUAUUCGGUUCAUAUGGAGAAAUCCGAGAGGUUCGUCGAGCGAUGCAUGAGAACUCACAGAUAUACAUAGAGUUCUUUGAUGUUCGAGCUGCAGAGGCCGUUCUCCGAGGACUAAAUGGGCUAGAGAUUGCUGGGAGGCAGCUUAAACUUGUGCCAUCCAGUCCAGAGGGUACAAGUUUCACGCCACAGUUUACUGCAGAUGAUGGUGAGGGGUGCUUACCUAAAAUGGGUUUUAAUAAUCUAUCACCAGCACACAUAGGGAGACAUUUCCCUGGAAUAUUAGCUUCGACCUCCAUUGAUGGUGGACCUAUGCGAGUUAUGCACAAUGCUGUGGGGUCACCUGUGAACUCCUUCAUUGAACGUCAUCAGAGUCUCGAUGUUCCUAUUGGUUUGCCCCCAUCAGCAAGAAUCAGAUCAGCUACUAAGCCUGUUGGUCUUCAAGAGCCUGUAAACCCUUUUGAUAAUUCGAAAACGGGGAUCCAAAGCCUGCCAAAUCUUCAUCCUCAUUCUCUUCCUGAGUACCUUGACAGUUUUGCAACUGGUAGUCCUUAUAAAUCCUCUACCACAUUCUCUGAAAUGGUCAGAGAUGGUCAAAAAGCAAAUGAAGGCUUUAUGAUGAGCAAUGUUCGUGGAGUGGGCGUAGAUGGGUUUAGUGGAGGUGUCAUAGGAUCUCCCAUAAAUCAAGGCUCCCACCGCACCAACCUCAACUUAUGGAGCAACUCUAACACUCAGCAACAAAAUCUGUCAAGUGGCAUGAUGUGGCCUAACUCACCAUCUCGCGUCAACAGCCUUCCUUCUCAGCACAUUCCACAGGUUACUGGAUUCUCAAGAGCAUCUCCUCUGAUGGUGAACAUGGCAUCAUCGCCUGUGCACCACCAUAUUGGAUCUGCUCCAGUGUUAAACUCGCCUUUCUGGGAUAGACGACAGGCAUAUGUAGCUGAAUCUCCAGAAUCUUCUGGAUUUCACUUAGGUUCUCUUGGCAGCAUGGGAUUUCCUGGCUCUUCUCCCUCACAGCCAAUGGAAAUUGGUUCUCAUAAGGUUUUUUCUCAUGUUGGUGGAAAUCGAAUGGAUGCCAAUUCAAAAAAUGCUGUAUUACGAUCAUCGCGACAGAUGCCUCACCUCUUUUCUGGAAGAAGCCCGAUGCUUUCAGUGCCAGGGUCAUUUGACUUGCCUAAUGAACGAUACAGGAAUCUCUCUCACCGAAGAAGCGAUUCUAACUCUAGUAAUGCCGAAAAGAAACUGUAUGAGCUUGAUGUUGAUCGCAUAUUACGUGGGGAAGACAGCCGAACAACAUUGAUGAUAAAAAACAUCCCUAAUAAGUAUACGUCUAAGAUGCUUCUAGCUGCCAUUGACGAGUACUGUAAAGGAACCUAUGAUUUCCUUUAUUUGCCAAUUGACUUUAAGAACAAAUGCAAUGUGGGAUAUGCGUUCAUCAACCUUACCCAACCUAAAAAUAUUGUUCCGUUCUAUAAGGCAUUCAACGGUAAGAAAUGGGAAAAGUUCAACAGUGAGAAGGUGGCAUCUCUUGCAUACGGCCGGAUUCAGGGAAAAUCAGCUCUUAUCGCCCAUUUUCAGAACUCAAGUUUGAUGAACGAAGACAAACGUUGCCGACCUAUACUCUUCCACACCGCUGGUCCAAAUGCUGGUGAUCAGGAACCAUUUCCAAUGGGUUCCAACAUCCGGACAAGACCAGGCAAACCACGAACAAGUAGCAGCAUCGAGAACUACACCAACUUUAGCAGCAGCUCUGAAAACCGAGAAGAACUUCCAAAUGGGACCGACUCGAUCUAA